CACAUCUCAACCAUUCAUCAAUUAUAAUCCAUCCAAUAUCAAUAAACAAUUGCAAUGCUAACUACCUUAUUCUCUCCUUACCAGCUGGCGUGGGCACUUCUUUAAACCCUGAUGAUACAUCCUUUGCAAUCUCUUCAAAAUUGGACUCCAUGAUCGCCUUUUCUUUAGACACCCAAAUUAAGGAAGCCUACAAGUAUUUAAUGGCCCAUUAUUCCAACAAUGAUAGAAUCUACUUGUUUGGCUUUAGUCGUGGUGCUUACACUGCCAGAGUUCUAGCUGCAAUGAUUGAAAGAGUUGGUCUACUAACCUCUGGAAACGACCAUUUAGUCGAUACUGCCUAUAAAUGUUAUAUAUCUUGGGAAUAUGGUGGCCAAAAAUCAAAUGACGAUCCAACCUCUACUUUAAUCAACGAAUUUAAAAACACAUUUUCAAAAAAAAUCAUUUACAUCAAUAUCUAUUUUAUGGGUUUGUGGGAUUCGGUUAAUAGCGUUGGAAUCUUUAGAGAUCGUUUAUUUCCUUAUACAACAAGAAGCAAUAUAGUUAAACAUGUUAGACAUGCCAUAAGUAUUGAUGAACAUCGUGCAAGAUUUAAACAAAUGCCUUUUGCUUCACCUGGCGAUAAUGGCAAUAACGCUGACAAUGAUGAUAAUACCGAUUUGCCAGAUUAUAUUACUCUUGACAAUUUUAAUAAUAACUCAGUCUCAAAACUAAAUCAUGACCAAAGAUUACAAAAAAGGAUUAAUAAGUCAACUCUAACUAAAAAAUUAGAAAAGAUUUACGCCUAUCUUCUCGAUAAAAAGACAAACGAUAAAUAUAAAAGAUUGAGAUUUAGUACGUCGAGUGAUUUAGUUGAAAAAUGGUUUCCAGGAACUCAUAGUGAUGUUGGUGGAGGUUGGUAUCCCGAUGAAAAUGGUCAAUAUCUAUCAAAUAUCUCCUUGAGAUGGAUGCUCUCUGAGGCAAUUAUAUUUGGUGUUAUGUUUAAAAAAAAUUCAAUUCAUGAAUUUGCUCGUCAAUUUCCUUCUCUUGGUAGUCUUAUAUCUUGUGAACAUGAUUUACUAGGAUAUAUUAAAUAUAAACCCUUAAAAUUUCUUAGACUAAAUAAUUUGUCAUUGAAAAACAUGAAAAAGAAAACACUAGCUCAAGCUUAUAAUAUAAAUCAUGAUUAUAAUUAUGAUAUUAUGAAGGAUUUAAUUCAGGGUGAUGAUCUUUCAAUGCUUCCAGAUGUUUAUGGCUCGAUUUUCAAAACUUUACUUGUUGAUGGAACAAACAUAACUUUUCAAGGAAAGAAAUCACAAACAAUUAACAGUUUUUAUAAUAUUUUAACUAAAAAACAUGAAUGCUUACGUGGUGUAUCUAAAUUCAAUGUGUUAUUUUGGAACUUUUUUGAAAUUAUUCCGGUUGGUAUUAAAUUUCAAAAUGAACAAAGUAUCUGGACAAAUUAUUAUUCUCCAAAUCUAAGAAGAGGAAGAAAUAUUCCACCAGAUGCAGUUUUCCAUUGGAGUUUCUAUUGGAGAUUAAAAUUGGUUGAAGAUUAUGAUCCCAAAAAUGUUCCAAAAGAGAUCAAAGACAGAAUCAAAGAUGAUCUUGACUGUCAAGUUGCAGAAGUAGAGCAAUUUAAAAAAGAUAACUGGAAAAAUCUUCCAGAUGACUUGGAAUAUUUGCUUGCUCAGUAUCCAACAUUAUAAUGUUAUUAGUACUAUGAUACUUGGACACUUGAUUAAUGGCUCUAUUUUUUGGAUUUAUGAUUUAUGAUUUUGAGUUUUUUAAGCAUAAAUUUUUGCCUCUGCUUUUUCAUUUGCUAUUAAUUCGAGAUCCAAUUUUAAUUCUAGAGUUUUAAUUUUUUUUCUUAUUGUUUUCAAAUUGAUUUCACUUUUUUUAAGAAUAUUUCAAAUAUAAUAUAGUAGAAAAAGAAAACUAUAAUUGCAUAGAAUAUAUAAAAUGAGUUAAAUGAGGAUAUUAUUUAAAAUGGCAUGAGAAUAGUUUCAAUCAAUAAACUGAAACUUUAAAUUGGAACAAACUUGGUAGCAUUAUUAAUUCUACUAGUGGUUUUAAUAGAAG